GAGAGAGAGAGAGAGAGCUACAACAGGAUAUUUUGUCACUAUAGUUACCGGCAGCAGAUACAGAUCUUGAUUUCUGUAUGUCAUACUGUUCUCAGUCAGUGCAGUGGGGUUGUAGUGCUGUCAGGGCAGCUCUUAUAAUUGAGAUAAACUUUGCACAAGAAGUUUGAUGCCUUCUGGAUCAAUGUGGCUUCAGUAAAUCUGAGGAAAUACAUAUUCUGUGAGUUACUGGUUUCUAAAAUAUCAAGAUGAGUUCUACCACCAUGCCUAUGACUUCAACCAACAAUGUCUCUACCUGUGAUGGCCUGUACAACCACCGGGACUACGCCAGGGUGUUUAUGCCCAUUUUCUACUGCACUGUGUUCAUCGUGGGGCUGCUCGGUAACUGCCUCGCCCUCCACGUCAUCCGUCCCAAUCUGAAGAAGAUGAACUCCACCACCCUGUACUCUCUCAACCUGGUCAUCUCUGAUAUCCUUUUCACGCUGUCCCUGCCUGUGAGGAUUCUCUACUAUGCUCUGGGCUUCCACUGGCCUCUGGGCGAGCCGCUCUGUAAGAUCUCCGGCCUCAUCUUCUACAUCAACACCUACGCGGGGGUCAAUUUCAUGACCUGCCUCAGCGUAGACCGUUUCAUCGCUGUGGUCUUGCCUCUGCGCUUUUCCCGUUUCAGGAGGGUUAGCAACGUGCGCUACAUUUGUGUUGGUGUGUGGCUGCUGGUCCUGGCACAGACCCUCCCCCUCAUCGGCAUGCCUAUGACCCACAGGGAAGACGAUGGCUCCAUCACCUGUAUGGAAUACCCCAACUUUGAGAGUGUCGACCAUAUUGCCACUAUACUGAUCGGCGCAGUCGUCCUGGGUUAUGUCAUCCCUGUGGUCACCAUCCUGGUGUGUUACUCCGUCUUGUGCUCCAAACUCCACUUAACAGCCAAGACCAACCAUUUGAUGGAAAAGUCCGGUCGCAGCCGCAAGGCCAUCGGCGUGAUCUGCUGCGUGUCCCUGGUGUUUGUCGUCUGUUACAGCCCCUAUCACAUCGACCUCCUGCAGUACAUGAUCCGCAAGCUGGUGUCGACCCCCGACUGCACUGAGCUCACAGCCUUUCAGGUGUCGCUGCACAUUACAGUGUGUCUGAUGAACCUCAACUCCUGCCUGGAUCCAUUUAUCUACUUCUUUGCCUGUAAGGGCUACAAGAGGAAACUCAGGAGGCUGCUGAAGCUGCAGGUCAGCAUAUCCUUCUCCAGCGCAGUGAGGACGUCACCUGAAGGCUCCUCCAAGGAUAUAAUUGAUGGCAACAAGAUCCAACUCAACAGUACUACUAUAGGUACAACCAGUGAGAGACUCACAGACAGGAGAUUACACAGGUAUGAGCAAGCUCAGGAGUCACAUUAGAAGUGAGAAACUUUUACGUCUCAGUGGGCCGACUCCAGUCAGGACAGUGUCCCCGACAAGCCGAUCUGAAUGUUGAAAUGGACUCAGUCAUGCCAUCAUGGACUCCAAGCAGCUACUCAGCAUCUGGAUCUAUAGGAAUUCAGUUCUAUUGGACCAGAUUAGUUUACAUAAGGGAAGAACAUAAACAAAAAAAAAAAACAAAAAAGAAGGAAAAUACAGCAUCUUUUCUGUUCAUGUUUUCUUAUCAAUUAGUGAAACGCUCAGGAACACAGAAAUUAUUACAACAAAAGAAAGAAAGGAGGAUCCUUUUUUUUUGAUAAAGCAUGUUUGUGUCCUGCCAAUAAACUGAUGAGGCACAGCACAAAGCAGAGACUGGCAGAAGUGGACAGUCAACUGAUAAAGAGCUGAAGGAGACACUGAUGAACAUCUACAAGCCGACACAUGAAGACUUAUACAUGAAGACUUAAUAUUUGCAGUCAGACAAUAACCUCUCAACAUAUCUCAUCCACACAGUGUUUCUUUAAGGAAGUGAGACGUUAGAGUGGAAGUAGAGACUCACAAUCAGACUCACAAUCUCAGUUUCAGUUCUGCGCAUAGUUGUAAAACUGAUAAACUUCACACUCAUUGUCUCAGCCAUUUUAGCAUUCAUUGACUUAUGCUAAAACUGGACAUUAAAUAUUAUGUAAUUUUAUUUAAUAGCUUGUGGAUUGAGCUUUUUUUAAGAGUUCUGUCAAAAUAGAAAUACUAUCAAAACCAAUUAAAAAUUGUCAGUUUGAAUUUUAUAUCAGUUAAGACAACUGUAGAGAUAUCAAUAUAGGCUAUAUUAAAAAUCAGAUGUCAUUUCAUUAUUUUGGGAUUUAGUUUUCAUUGCUCUGUAAUUCCACAAGUGAUCGGCAGAGCAACACAUGUGAAAGGUCACGUGGAAAACAGUCCUGACUGAACGUGUAAGUAUGUAGUAAUCCUCAAAUUAAGAUAAUAAUGUAACAUACCAAAAAUGUAAAGGAGCUCACAAUGUCGAAUGCAAACUGCAGUGAAAUGGAUUGAGCAGGAAAUAGUUUCACAUGUUUCUCUGAUAGUUUACUGUGUGAUGAGCUUUUAUCCCCCCUGAUAUAGUUUAGACAGUGAGGGGCCGUGGAUUUAGACAGUGAAGGACCGUAAUGCAUCGUAAACGUAUCCAGUAUACAUUUUUUGCUGCAAAAUUGACAGUUCUUCACUGAUCAUCCCUCUCAACUCCUGUCACAAACAUUUAGUCAUUGUUGUUCAGCUCUGAGAGAUGUUGAGGAAUUUAAAAUUAUCUAAAUGUUUAAAAACAUGUAGAAACUGUAAGUGAAACUUGCUUUGUUUUUUCCAUAUUUGUUCUAAAGUUUAAAGAAAAAUUCUAAAAAAGAAAAAUGAAAAAGUUGAGAGAACUCAAAAUUUUCAAGGCAACAAACUUAAGCAAAGUUCUGAGUUUGGCAUUAAUUUAAUUUCUUAAGUUUAUGCAUUGAUUGUUUACCUCUGUUAACUUAUUCCAGACAAAACAUAUUAUUUUACAUCAACACAACUCACAGUUUUUAGUUCUGUGAAUCUACUCGUCUAAAAUCUAGACAGGUCUACAUGUAUAACAAGACACGCAACUGUCUCCAUCAUUUUUUUCAUGUGAGAAAAAAAAGGAUUUCUGGGGAAGUCUUACCUUAAUGCAAAACAUGCUGGGAAGUAGGCCAUAUGCAAAUAUGCUAAACAGAUUGCUGUUCUUGAUUUCUGUUCUGAAAGUGAUAAUUACAUGAACUAAUAGAACUUUCUUGCUUUGUGAUGAAUCACAUUUCAAAAUUCAACCUUUUCAGGUCUCAGGACUUUCAGGACCUCUUGGCACAAUUUAAUUUUUUUAUUUUAAAUGUUGAUAAUAAUUGUAAUGAGGCCUGGUUAUUGUUACCCUGGUCAUGCUUCAAGUGUCUAUUCUGGGUUCUGUGCCAUUCAUCUAGUUAAGUCAACUCUACUGUGACCAGUGUAGGUAAUGCAGGACGCAUACAUUUUUGUAACUUUAAUUAAAACACACUACUGGUCCAAAUUAAAUUAAAUAAUAUACAAGAACUACACAAAACUGUAGUAUAGACAAAACUUUUGGCAGAAUAGAAUAUUUGAUGAUUCCAACAUUUUUAAGUUAAGUAUUUAUCUCUGCAAAACAGCUACUAUAGGCAUAGUUAAGGUGAAGUGCGAAAUCAUGGUUGUGAAAUAUAAAAUAUAGUUUAGGCACACAUUUGGUUUGGGGUUAGUGGAAGUAUGUGGUUAUGGUUUUAAAAGGCCGUCUGUUGGUGUUCGGCAGGGUGUAAACUUUUUUUUUUAUCUACAGUAGACAUCACAGACAGUACUUCCGUUCACUCUCCACCAAUCAUCUUGACCAUCCAAUAUGAACGGAAUUGCCUGUAAAGUCCUAAACUGCCAAGAGAAAUACUUACUGUCAACCUUUACAUUACAUACAGAAUGAUAUUUGUUUCUUCCCUAUGUGAAUGUCAGAUACUUCUUUAUGCAGAUGAUACGGUUUAUAUCUAUGUAUUUAAAUCAGGAUAUGGUGAAAAUAAAAUAACAUUCUUUUUGUACUUGAGAUCCAGAACUACAGGUCACACACAAAUAUAUUGUCACAUAAAUAAAUAUAUUGACUGGCUUUUAUUGAAAGAGUCACAGAAUAUAUUAAGCUUGAGAUGAAAUCUAAAUCUGGACAAUGUCAGCAAAGUUUAAGGAAGUCAUUCAUAGACAUGGCGCUGCCUCACAUUCAUUGCAAAACUCACCAUUGUGUUCUUUAUGAUACUGUUGAUUUGUUUGUCUGAAGGAUUCAGUCGUUUACCAUCAGAAAAUUAUUCACAACACUUUAGAAAAUGACUGGCAGGCAAAACAGAAACAAUAUUUGUAUCAACCAUUCUUCACACAUCAUCUGAUUCAUACAUCUGGCAGGCCUCAACAACACACUGAAAAAAGACACAAGUUCAGCAGCAUUCAUUUCACUCUGUUGCAGCAUUAUGCAACACUUCCAAGGCUUGAGCAAAACCACAGAACAAACAUGUGUUCACAGUGAACAAAAUGCAGUGCAGAGUGCACUCUGUUAUAUUCCUGGUAAUAAAAGUUUGAACUGUACAACAACAGUUAUUUCUCCUCA